AUGCCUUCAAAGAAGGAACGAUUACAGGUUCUGUCCCAAAUAUGGGCAACACCCACCCCAUUUGAUAUAGAUUUUUUCGACAAGGGGAAUGAAGUUGUUGUUGUGACAUCAUACAAGGGAGAUGUGACAUCAUGGUGGUUAAGAGUGUUUAAGGCCCUAUACCCUGAUCAGGUAUACAGGGAAAAAGCAGACAUCACUAAGAUCAAACCAUCAGACGGUGUGACACUUAAAGUCAACAAGCGCACAGGGAUUAUGAAAGUUGGUGGCAAGAACCACUGGCGAUGGAUGGUGGACAACUUCUCGGAGGUGUUGGACCAGGGUAACGCUGAUGCUCAGGAACUAGAGGAACAGCAGUCAGUAGCUGAUUCUGUUACGCGGUACCUUCAGCUCGACAAGAAUGUGGAGGAGGUCCAGGAUUUGCUUGACAUGAUACCAGAGGGAGGGGGCAUCAUGCAGCAUGACUUUAUCAUGCGACUUUGGAAGAGUUUGAUAGAUGAUUGGUUUGGAUGUGGAGCCACGCUGUACAUUGUAACACCUCGUAUUGAUGAGGAGAGACUUUUCCAAAUUUUCCUUCUGAUGAUUCGUAACAAAGGAACUGCAUUUAAUGUGACCUUAGUUACUCCUGAGAAAUCGCCCGAAGGUGAAAAAUUCAAGAAAACACUCUCAGUUACUCAGAGGAUGAUGAAAAAGACGCGGACACCAAGAUCACAGAAGAGGUUAGUGUCGGAUGUCAAGAUGCAAUGGGCAAUGGAAAAUCUAAAUGUACACAAUGAAAAUUUCUCCACGAACUUCAUAGCUGCCUAUAAAGAUGAUGAGGCAGAAGUACUGACCACUACAGCACACUUUCAUAAGAGUCACUUCCAUACCAACCAGAAGGACAAUGUGUGUUACAACAAACUCAGUACCCAGGACCUCAAGAGGAAUUACCUGUUUCCUUUAGGAGUGACCACAGUUAACUACUGA